UCUUGAUAACUGUUGUCUUGUCGGCAGCAAAUAAGAACAAAUAAAAAAAUUAUAAAAUAAAAAGAAAAGAGACUGUGAAAAAUGAAGGCUCCAAUUUUAAUGCUCAUCAUUAUGUGCUUUCUAUGCGCCGGGGUCUGGGCCACUCGGGACCCCAAAUGCAUGGCGAACGAGUCCCUGGCGGAGACCAACGGCGCCAUCAACUUUACCGAGAUUUUGAAGGUACCCUUCCAGAAGGAUGAUAAUGGUUUGUACGUCCUGAUGAGCCCCAGUGUCACAUGGGCCUUGAAGUACGUGACCGCGAAGGUAAAGAGGGCUAUGGAGCGCUUUGAGAGGAACAUGAAGAUCCUGAUUGAAUUGCAUCGCCGUCGCAAGGAGAGAAUGGAUGUGGCAAUGCGUGCGAGACAGCGUCGUUUCAGGAAGGUAAGGGUAAUGCCGCCCUUGAAACUGGCCCACCACAUUGGAACACAUUCGAUGAUCAAAGACAUUAAUCUAUACAACUUGGCUGUCAGCAUCAACGACUCCACUAAGCAGCGCUACAUGCUGACCACAAGCACAAUCGCCGCCAUACUUUAAGUCAAGGGAAUUUCAAAAGCAACAAUAAUCUAUUUUGUUCUUUAAACUCUUACACUUUCCAUAAUAUACAUUUACGUUUAUACAACACUUACAAGUUUUAGAUACAACAUUUGCUAUUAUUUCGAU